AUGGAAAUAAAAACCUAUCAAGUACAAAAUAAGAAACUCCGUAACAAUGAUCAUAACUCAGAUAAUAUUUCACCUUCUUCAAGUAAUUUUCCUAUUUCUACUCCUACAACACCAACUACACCCAACGAAAAAGAUAUUGAUUUAUCAAUGUUGAAAAAAUGUGCAAAAGAUUCUCUAACAUUCAAUCAAUUUUUUGGUUCUGAAGAGAAGAAUUAG